AUGCAAAACUGCUCAACUCAAUUUUUAUCACUUCCCUCUGAAAUUCUUCAACAUAUUUUAGAAUUCGGAACGAAUCUUUUGUCCAUUCAGCAACGAUCACAAGAAAUUAAAAUACAUAUUAAAUUUAUUCUCAAUUUUCAAUCAUUAAAUAGGAAAAUUUCUUCCAUGCCAGAGAUGACUAUUUAUUUCGACAAAUUUUGGUGGAAAGUAUGGGAAACUUGUAUUGGAUAUAAUCCACUAUUGGAAAAUGAAUUUAGCUUAUUGAAAGAUGAAAUUGUAAAGGGAGAAUUGAAGAGAAAAGUAUUGAUUGCUAUUUUCAUCAAAUUCAAUAUUUGCAAACAACCUUGGAAUAAAGUUGAAGAAACAAAGAUAGUAAUGAUUGGAGCAGGAGGAGUAGGUAAAUCUUCCAUUACAAUCAAUUGCUUCCAUGGACAUUUUAUAGAAUUCUACGAUCCAACUACAGAUGAACCAUAUAGAAAACUAUUACAAGUUGAUAAUUUACCUGUCAUGAUAGAUGUGAUAGAUCCUGCUGGCAUUGAAGAUUAUUCUGCAAUGACAGAUUAUUACAUGAGAUCAGGAGAUACGUUUAUUAAUGUUUGUGAUGUUGUGGAUGAAAAGACAGUGGAACAAUCAGAAAGGGUGGUGGAACAAGUAAUUAAAUUGAAGUGUAGGGAAAUUAAUUAUUUUCCAGUUAUAUUUGCAUUAAAUAAGGUUGAUUUAUUGAACGAUUCGAAUAGAGAGCAAGUGAUUGAGAAAUAUACAAAUUUGAUUAAUUCGAUUAUUGAAAGAAAUCAAUUGAAAAAUACUGCAAUUUUUACAUCCAGUGCCAAAACAGGAGAAAAUACUAAAUUGCUAUUUGAAGAAUGUGUAAGACGAAAUAGAUAUGGAUCUAAUGAUAAUCUAACUCUCUUAAAAGAGAUUGUAAAAUAUGACUCUAAAUUUAUUGAAAUUUCUAAAAAGCAAAUGAAGAAAAGAAUGAAACAAUCCAAAAAUUGUUUAUUAUAG